AUGGAAAAGGCAGGUGACCAAAGGAAUCUAGCAAGCCUUAAAUUGAGACAAUCCAAUGAUGCAGUUAAAUCUCAUUGCAGAUUUGUGACUCAGACCUACCAGCACAUCUUGGCUUUUGUCUUUGCUGUGAAGGAGAUCAAUGAGAAUAGACAGAUGUUGCAUAACAUCUCCCUGGGUUUCAACAUUUAUAAUGCCUACUUCACUGGAAGCUUAACUUAUCUUAUUUCCCUGAAGCUUUUGUCUACAUGGGACAAGUUCAUUCCAAACUAUAAAUGUGAUGUCCAAAGUACUACUGUGGCUGUCAUUGGAGGACCCAACUCCAAAGCAUGUGUUUUCAUGGCAACCAUCCUGAGCAUCUACAAGUUACCGCAGCUUGGAUAUGGUUCUUCUCCUGUGAUUAAUGACCCAUCCCAGCAAGCCUUCCUCCAAUGGAUGUUUCCUAGUAGGAACCAACAGUAUGUGGGAAUACUCCAGUUGCUUUCGCUUUUCAGAUGGACUUGGAUUGGUGUCAUUUUUAUACAGGAUGACAAUGGCCUAAGGUUUGUACAGAAUGAACUCCCCAAAUUUUCCCAGGGAGGUAUCUGCUUUGAUUUUAUUGAACCAUUACCAACCUUGUAUUUUAAAACUGGCAUUCAUGAAAUGAUAGAAUCAUGGGUCAAAAUAUACAAGUUGAUCAUUAAUAGCCCAGCCAAUGUUGUGUUCUUACACGGUGAAAUUCACGCUACAAUCUUUUUAAGAAUGUUUCCCCAAAUUGCAGAACUUGAAAACAUACCAAUGAAAGCAAACAAAGUCUGGAUAAUGACUGCGCAGAUGGAGUUCACUUCUGUUCCCUUUCAACAUUCUUCAGAUCUCGAUAUCCUUCAUGGUGCCCUAGCCUUUGCAAUUCACUCCCAGGAUGUGGUGGGUUUCCAUAAUUUUCUUCAGAUGAGAAACCCUAAUGUGGAAACCACAGAUGGUUUUAUUAAGGACUUUUGGAAACAAGCGUUUCUCUGUUCCUUCCCAACAUCUUUAGAAGAGGAGAAUGUCUGGAAUCACUGCAGUGGGAAGGAGAAACUGGAGGAUCUUCCUAGGUCUGUUUUUGACAUGAGCAUUACUCCCCAUAGCUAUAGCAUCUACAAUGCAGUUUAUGCUGUGGCCCAUGCAUUGCAGUCAAUGACUUCAAUGAAGCUCAAGAACAGAAUUAUGUCAGAGGAAGGACAAAAGAAGCUCUUGAAUCAACAGUUCCACCACUAUCUAAGAAAAAUCUCAUUUAACAACAGCAUUGGAGAAAUGAUUUCCUUUGAUGAAAAUGGGAACCUAGAAGUAGGAUUUGAUAUUGUCAACUGGGUCACAUUUCCAAAUCUAAGUCUACAUCGAGUCAAAGUGGGAAGAUUUGAUUUCAGAACUCCCAAAGGACAAGCCCAGCCUCUGUCUUUGUGCAAUGAACCCUGUCAUAAAGGUCAAAGCAAGACCAAGAAGGAAGGGAAGCCAUUUUGUUGUUACGAUUGCCUUCCAUGCCCAAGAGGAAAAGUUUCAAAUCAAAUGGACUUGGAAUCUUGUUACCAGUGUCCAGAGGACCACUAUCCCAGCAAAGCCCAGGAUCAGUGCAUCCCAAGAGACAUCAGCUUCCUAUCUUUCCAUGAGCCUUUGGGGAUCACCUUGGCCAUUGUUGCUCUUUUAUUUUCCUCCAUUACAUCUCUGGUCCUCACGGUCUUCGUUCAGCACAAGGACACUCCCAUCGUCAAGGCCAACAACCGGGGCCUCAGCUACACCCUCCUGGCCUCCCUGCUGCUUUCCUUUCUCUGCCCUUUGCUUUUCAUUGGUCGGCCUCAGAGGGCAACCUGUCUCCUUCGCCAAACUGCUUUUGGCAUCAUCUUCUCUCUGGCGGUUUCUUGCGUGGUGGCCAAAACCCUCACUGUGGUCCUAGCUUUCAUGGCCACCAAGCCCGGCUCUCAGAUGAGGUCAUGGGUGGGAAAAAGGCUGGCACUUUUUAUAGUGCUUUCCUCCACUUUCAUUCAAACCACUCUCUGUACUGUGUGGCUUGUGAGCUCUGCUCCCUUCCCAGACUUUGACAUGAACUCUUUGCCUACAGAAAUGGUCCUAGAAUGCAAUGAAGGCUCCACUGUCAUGUUUUAUUGUGUUCUCGGUUUCAUUGGCUUCUUGGCCAUGAUCAGCUUUACAGUGGCUUUCUUUGGUAGGAACCUCCCAGACUGUUUCAAUGAAGCCAAAUUUAUCACCCUCAGCAUGCUUCUCUUUUGCAGUGUCUGGAUCUCUUUUGUCCCAGCCUACCAGAGCACCAAAGGGAAAUACAUGGUGGCUGUGGAGAUCUUCUCCAUUUUAGCCUCAAGUGCUGGAUUAUUGGUCCUCAUUUUCUCCCCCAAAGUUUACAUCAUCUUGAUAAGACCUGAGCUGAAUAACAGGCAACAACUCAUGCAAAAAACCCUCAUAACUUGA